ACAAAUAUGCAACGCUGACGUUGCGAGAGAGCCAUUGUGCGUGAUCACAACGUAGGAAACAGGCGAAUCCACAUGGAACAUCUUUCAAUUUACAGAUGCUCAUUCUUUGUACUGCAAGAGUUAGUCCUUCAACACCCUAUCUGGUGAACUGUUGACUCUUCCAAAUAUUCAGUUUCAAUACGGAUUAUAAGAUGUCUUCUGCCGUUUGUGUAUUGUUGGGCGAAAAAGUGAAAGGCACGCUACACUUUGAACAACAGGGAGAAGUUCUCGUUAUUAUGGGACAAAUAACUGGACUUACCCCAGGCGAACAUGGGUUCCAUAUCCAUGAAUUUGGCGACUAUACUAAUGGCUGCAUGUCUGCUGGUCCCCACUUUAACCCAACCGGGGUUGAUCAUGGUGGUCCAUUUGACGAAGUCCGCCAUGUUGGCGAUUGCGGGAAUUUGAUCGCUGACGAAUCGGGGGUUGCCAAAGUUGAUAUCAAAGAUUGUUUGAUGACACUUCUCGGUGAAUAUGGAAUUAUUGGUCGCACCGCUGUGGUACAUGCGGAUCCCGAUGAUUUAGGUAAGGGUGGACAUGAGCUCAGCAAAGUCACAGGUAAUGCUGGCGCCCGUGUCGCUUGUGGCAUUGUUGGCAUUGGCAAAUAGGUUGUCACCUAUGCGAAAUCUUACUCGCAAUAAGCUGCAGGACAUUGUAUAAGCCUUAAAAGCUUAAGGCAAAGCGGUGUUGAACAUACUUGCUGUUUUGAUUUCUUCUUGUAUGUGUGUACUAA